GACCAUGACUGAGUCAGAGCUCAGGUUAGGUUUGUUUAAGUGCUGUUCUUCAGUGUUUGUUGCUGUAUCUUCAGGUUGGUGAUGGAGCCUCAACGGCAGAUAUACAAAAGACUGGACGUCCCGGAUCAUGUGCAUUACAUCAUCGCCUUCCUCAUCCUCAUCAUCGGCACUUUAGGAGUCACAGGCAAUGCUUUGGUCAUGUUCGCCUUCUACAGUAAUAAGAAGUUGCGGAACCUGCCAAAUUAUUUCAUAGUGAACCUGGCGGUCAGUGAUUUCCUGAUGGCCAUCACACAGUCUCCAAUGUUCUUCAUCAACUGCCUGUUUAAGGAGUGGAUGUUUGGGGAACUGGGAUGUAAAAUAUAUGCAUUCUGUGGCGCACUCUUUGGCAUCACCUCAAUGAUAAACCUGUUGGCCAUCUCUGUCGAUCGAUACUUGGUCAUCACCAAACCGCUGCAGACCAUCCAUUGGAACUCCAAACGCAGAACGUUUCUGGCCAUCCUGUGCAUCUGGCUCUACUCACUGGCCUGGAGUCUGGCACCUCUGAUUGGCUGGAGUUCCUACAUCCCUGAAGGUCUGAUGACAUCCUGCACGUGGGACUACGUCUCGCCGUCUCCCGUCAACAAGAGUUACACCAUGAUGCUGUGCUGUUUCGUCUUCUUCAUCCCCCUGGCCAUCAUCCUCUACUGUUACCUGUUCAUGUUCUUCUCCGUACGAAAAGCCAGCAGAGAUCUAGACCGGCUGAGCUCUCAGAAGUCCAGCUUUCUGAAGCAGCAGUCCAUGAGGAGUGAAUGGAAACUGGCUAAAAUAGCAGCUGUGGUCAUAGUGGUGUACGUGCUGUCCUGGGCUCCCUAUGCGUGCGUCACCCUCAUCGCCUGGGCAGGGCAUGCAAACAUCCUCACGCCCUACUCUAAAACACUGCCGGCGGUCCUCGCCAAAUCAUCGGCCAUCUACAACCCUUUCAUAUAUGCCAUAAUUCACACCAAAUACAGAGCCACAUUAGCUGAGAAGGUCCCAGGUUUGUCCUGCCUGUCUCGCGUUCAGAAGGACUGUCUCACCUCCUCCACCAAUAGCGACGCCUCAGUCCAGGACACCAGCGUCAGCAGACAGUCAUCAGUCUCCAAGAACAAACUCCACACAACCACCGCCAACGACUCCUGCACUAUGGUAAUGGGAGAAGUGGAGCUGGACCUGAUGGAGAACAGACCCAAUGUGUCAAAAGUGUCAUUUAGAGGCUCAUCCAGACAGCGGAUCCUAAAAUGCUCCUCACUGCUGAUAGAGAAGUAUCCGAAACAGAUGAAGGAGUCGUUCAGUCUAUGCGAGCAAGAUCUCGUCUCCGGUUCCCUCGCGAUGGCAACAGCACCGACGGUCGUUUACACUAAGAAGAGCGGGAGUGCCGAUAUGACCUCUGACCUCUCAUUUAAGCCUAAGGACAACUCUGUGACCCGUAGCUCCUCAGACACUCCUACAAUCGUCAUCAGUCCACCGUCAGAGAGAAACACGUCUGGAUCUCACUGUCAGGACUUUAUGUUUGACCUUACAAACUUCCCAGCAGAGCUAUUGGACACUAAUAAGAGAUCUCUCACAUGAACCAACCAGCACUGAUCUGAGACUCUUAAAUAAACUCUGAUUCUAACUAGAUGAUUUCAUGAAGGAAUCAUCGGUGCUUAAUCACAUUAAAGUUUUAGGUAACUUUAGGUUGUAGGCUUUAAUUCAGAGGAGGUCCUUUUUUGUGUAUGAUGAUUAAAAUUGAAAAUGUACGAUUUUUUUUUAAAGAAAUUAUAAAGAUCAUAUAUUUGUAUUUUCCUUUUGUUUUUGCACUUAUGAACCUCAUGGAUCAGGACAGUUUUUAUACUGACAGGUUUUUAAGAAAGUUAUGCUGUGGUGUUUAUAGAUCAGUGUUAUGGGAAAAAAUUUAAUUUAAAAAAUAAAUAAAUAUUUAUAUUAUAUAUAAUUAGUGAUUUCCAAUUUUAUACCCCAAACAAAGAUUAUUGGAGUAUAUUUAACAAGAAAGUAUUACUUUGUAUUUCAAAGUUUAAUUAAAUGUGUGAUUAUUUGCAAUUAUUUGUGCAAUUUACUAGCAAUUCUGAGCUAACAUUGUUAACAUCUGGUGAAGCAAAAACCUUUGUGUUUGUAAGACAAAAUCCAUAAUUCAAAAUAGCCGUUUCAAUAGUGAAAACGUCCAUGAAAAAGCUGUUUGGACUCUCAUUCUGUCGGCACCCAUUCACUGCAGAGCAAGUGAUGUAAUAUGCUGCAUUUCUCCAAAUCUGUUCUUAUAAAAGAAAAAAAAAUUAUCUACAUCUUGGAUGGCCUAAGGGUGAGUACAUUGUUUUUCAU